AAAGACGACUACUCAGUGGUUUAGGGUCCUAACUUUGUAAUGUUGCUGUUAUUACGCGAGUGAGUUCAGAGACUGUUUUAGCAAAUAGUCUGGUACGGUGGGAAUAACUUGAUAGCGAGCUUGUUUGUUCUUUAAAUUGUAAACGUUAACUUCAUUUUUGACAUUAUAAGGAGACUGUUGUGUUAUUAUGCGCUAGCUAGCAUGAGUUUUACUUAAUGUACAAGCUAGGUAGCUAACAGUUACAACACUAGCUACCACAUAGCUCUGGUAUAAAGUUAACGUUAGGCAUAUUAUUUAGCUAGAAUAGUAUUAUUGGGUGCAUGUCUUACGUUUCUCAGACUAGAUUGGCUCAAAUAACAUUUAUUCAUUCGGUGUGGAACGGUCAAAAAUAUCAUAUAGCAAUAUAUAUUUUGUAAAUUGUUUACAAUUUAAUACGGAGACGUUGGCAAAGCGAGGUGUUUCCCAUCUCCAUCCUUACCUAGCUAUCUAAAUAAGAAGGUUUGGUGAUGUAGUCUGUGUUGAAACUUCUCCCUUUAAGUAAGCAAUGUAUGCUUCUUUUACGGACCUAUAGACCCAUAUUGAACUUGUGAAUCUGAGAUAUUUAUAUCUGUAAAUUGAAAAUAGACGUUACUAAAUGGAAGGUUAUGUCGGGGCUUACGACGAGCAGUCUGACUCUACAAAACAACAAGAGAGGCACUACUAUCUUCUGUCUGAGUUACAGGCACUCGUGAAAGAUUUACCGAGCUCCUUUCAGCAGCGCCUGUCCUACACCACGCUGAGUGACCUUGCCUUGGUCUUGAUAGAUGGAACAGUGUAUGAGAUCGUCCAGGGCCUGCUCGACAUACAGCACCUGACAGAAAGGAACCUUUACAACCAGAGGCAAAAACUGCACGGUGAACACAGAGCACUCAAGCAGGAGUUGGUUCGGAAGCACAAAGAAGCCCUGCAGGCCUGCAAAACGCACAACUUGGCAGUUCUCAGAAUGAACCAGCAGGGGGAGACAGAGGCCCUGGAGCAGCGGGUGAGGGAGGAGCAGAGAAUGAUGGAUGAGAAGAUUGUGUUGGAAAUGGACCAGAAGGUGGUGGACCAGCAGAACACUCUGGAGAAGGCUGGCGUCCCAGGGUUCUACUUAACGACCAACCCUCAGGAGCUGACCAUGCAGAUGAACCUGCUGGAACUCAUCCUCAAACUGCAGCAGAAAGAGGUUCAGUCUGGAAAUAUGUCCUGAAUAAGGGACCUUGGAGGAAGUGGAACCACUGGGUGUUCACAAAAGAAGUGUUACUCUCUCUACUGAUCCUGAAUAUCCUGUUUUUACACAGGCAUCUCUACACAGCUUUCUAACCACGGCAAACAAAGGACCCUUUUCUGUAAAGGCAGAAAUGGAUCUUGUGUGUACUAAGGCUACUUGCACAACUCAUUGUGACAAGGAUAUGAGUUUGUAAUGAUAUGCAGAAAUAGUAGUCUCAUUUUAUUAUUUUGAGUUGGAUGUUAGAGGAGAUUAAUGGAAUGGUGGAAACUGGUGCGGAAAAGUCUAAGACAAAGUUAACUUUUUGGUUUAUAUGCGUUUUCAGUGAAGCAUUAGGAAGACAAGCAAAAACUUUUUUUGUAACAAGUACUGUUAGGAAACGAAUAAGGCCAGAAAAAUAUGUUAAAAGCAUUUUUCUUAUUUGUGAUGUAUAAUAAUGUAAAUCUACACUAAAUAAAACAAUUGUGUUGAACAGAAA